GGAGUGCAAGUUUUCGGUUGGUGCUUUGCAAUUGUUUCCUCUGCUUCUACUGUCUUUGGAACUUUGAAAUGGAAUUCAGGAGAAGACUACAACCGUACUGUCGAAACAAUAGCCUAUGCUAGCCUGAGCAGAUCAGCAUGGGCAUUGGGUUUAGUCUGGACCAUUUUCUGCUGUGCCACAGGACAUGGAGGAAUAGUGAACAGGUUCCUGUCAUGGAAAGUGUUUGUACCUUUGGCACGCUUAACAUUUGUUGUUUAUUUACUGCAUCCAAUUGUGCAAGUUGUUUUUAUCGGGAGCAAAACUACUUUAAUGCAAAUGGAUCAUUUCUUAGUGGUUUGGUAUUUCUUUGGACACUUACUGGUCACCUUUGGACUGGGCGUUUUGAUGAGCAUGAUGUUUGAAGCACCAUUUAUGAACUUAGAGAAGGUUUUGCUCUCCCGUCCUGAAAAAAGAGAAGACUCCAAACCUGCAGACAUUUUCAAAGGAACUCUUCAGGUGGACAAAAAUGGAUCCAUAAAUACUAUUCUGACAAAUGUUGUUGAGGAUCCUGUACCAAAUGAUGCGUGUAAUGUUGAGGUUCAAAAACUUUAAAAUAUGUAAUGUUGUAAACAAUGUAUUUAUGAAAAAAUUAUAAAAAUGAUUAAAAAAAUUCAAACAUGUAAAA